UUGAUAUCAACUUGAAUCGUGAAUUUUGUUAUGGCGUCAGCAGAAGUCGAGUCGUUGGAUUCGGUGCUCGAAAAACAUUUGCCUCCAGAAGAACUGACUGAAGUAAAACGAAUUCUCUACGGAAAACCAGUAGAAAAAUUGGAAUUUCCUGCAGAUGCAUCUCACUCGGCUGACACUAAAGGUUUUGAAUUAGCCGGGUAUCGGUUUUCGGCUGCUGUAGAACAAGAACGGGAUCCUCGUAUUGUUCGAGUUGGUUUGGUACAGAAUAGGAUCGUCCUUCCUACUACAGCUCCUGUGGCGGAGCAGCGAGAUGCCUUACACAGGCGGAUAGGAGAGAUAACGGAAACUGCAGCAAAGUGUGGAGUGAAUGUUAUUUGCUAUCAGGAAGUAUGGACUAUGCCAUUUGCCUUUUGCACUCGUGAGAAGCUGCCUUGGACUCAGUUUGCAGAAUCUGCAGAAGACGGACCAACUACUGUCUUUUGUCAAAAACUGGCCAAGAAACACAAUAUGGUGAUCAUCUCUCCGAUACUAGAGAGAGAUUCUACUCAUGGUGACAUCCUAGCAAACACUGCAGUUGUGAUAUCAAAUGAUGGAGUUGUCUUGGGCAAGUCACGUAAGAACCACAUUCCCAGAGUGGGAGAUUUCAAUGAGUCAACUUACUACUUUGAAGGCAAUACCGGCCACAGAGUGUUUCAGACACAAUUUGGUCGCAUUGCCAUCAACAUCUGCUAUGGUCGCCAUCAUCCUCUCAACUGGCUCAUGUAUGGGAUCAACGGUGCUGAAAUUGUAUUUAAUCCCUCAGCAACAGUAGGAGCAUUGAGUGAGCCAAUGUGGCCAAUCGAGGCACGGAAUGCCGCGAUAGCAAACUCAUACUUUACGGCUGCAAUUAAUCGUGUUGGGACGGAACACUUUGAACGCGAGUUCACGUCCGGGGAUGGAAAACCAGCACACAAGGACUUUGGACAUUUCUAUGGUUCCAGCUAUGUAGCAGCUCCCGAUGCCAGUCGAACUCCAGGUCUGUCCAGAACUAAUGAUGGACUCCUUGUUGCUGAAUUAGAUCUCAACUUAUGCCGUCAGAUCCGAGACAAGUGGUGUUUCCAAAUGACAUCCAGACUUGAUAUGUAUGCAGAGGAACUCCCAAAAGUCAUUAAGCCAGACUUCAAGCCUAACGUUCAUGAAAGUUUUCACUGAGAUGUGAUGCUUUAUUAUUCAUCCUUUUGUGCCUUGCAUGUGAAUUAUUGUGAAGUGUUGCCAUCUUUUCUCAAUUUCAAGAGAAUAAUGUCACAGUCUGUUCCAUGUGCCUUCCUUGCAGCUUCAAAUGUGGAGGCAGUGACAACACUCAAGUCUAGUGCAAAGAAAAUAUUU